AUUUCGUAAAUUCUUACAGGAGGAUCGGUCGGUCGUCGAUCGAAAACUGGCAACGGAUAGAAUAUCGAAUGGCCACGGCCGCGUAGAACAAGUAGAGCGCGGCAUGGCACGGCAUCAGGGUGAGAAAACGAGUUACUAAUCGCGAGUCUCUCGUUGGGUUGGGGCAAAAUGCGCAAACGCGAUAGGGCGGCGGGUAGGUAUAGGGAUAGGCAUUUGCAGCGGCAGCGUUUGGGGAUGGUUCAGGGGUGGGUUGUCAGUUUGCCGGAUGGCCGUGUGAGAGCGCUGUCGCGCAAGACCAACCCUCCAUUCGCGCUGCAUCCGGCGAACGCGACUGUUUGCUCGCGAACCGUUGGACCCUCGACAGCGAAUCGUUCGUUUCGUUUCGUUUCGUUUCGUUUCGUUUAGUUUGGUUUCGGUUCGGUUCGGUUCGGUUCGUUUCGGUUCGGUUCGGUUCGGUUGAUCGCGUCGCGUCGCGUAGGCUGGUAGCGAUUCGCUGCCGUCCAUCGCGUGUCGUAUCGUUUCCUCGGGUUCUUGUUGGAGGUUUUCGCGCUCGCAGCCGCGAACGUGCCACGGCAGACGAGGCGAAAACUCACCGCUCACCACCUAUCUCUAUCGACCGCCGUCACUGACCGCUCCGUCUUUUGCUCUUUCUCCACACCUUUCGACCUCUGGCUGGCCUUCUCUUUCUCCUCUCGCCUCGUCCUUUGGAUCUGGUUCGCUGUCGGUUCCUCUCGAUCCUCGGCUCGCCGUGUCCCUCGAUCUCUUCCCCACCCUCCGUGACCCCGCGCAGUUUUGCGUAAACGCGAGCGUGAACGCGAACGCGAACGUGAAUUGGACAAAGAGGAACGCGAUACUUCGCGUGGCUCCUGGCGAGCACCCGGCGCCGACGGUUAAUUAACGAACAAGGAAAGAAAGAGCCACCCAGCCACCGAGUAUUCUCGCGGAUUGAAGAGUGUGUGGUGUAUUCUUUGUGGAUGCUGUCGUGAGGACCGGUAGCUGGUUUGCGAUGGGGGUGGCAACCAGUUUAUCGGACGUGUUCGCUGCGAAAAGUCCACCGGGAAGAUAAUGCGGAUAAAUGGCCCGGAGGAGAGUAACAGAGGACGGUAACGGAGGAUUACGCGCUGUCGGAUCCAGUGCCGAGAUCGUCGGUUGCUUUGCGAAGCAACGAUCGACGGCGAAGAAGAGCACGCGAUGAGAAUCGACGACAGAAUUAACGAUCGAUACCGUCGAGUUAGCGAGGCUUCUUCCGAUCGUCAGAAAAUCAAACGUCGUAACGCGACAAAUGGCAAAUAAACAUUGUUUGUUACGCUUUUCAAAGUUUAGGCACGUUUCGUUGCCAGUUGGUUGAAUGUGUCGUGCACGCAAAGCCGCGCACGAAAUCUUCCUUGUUAACGACAUAGGUGUACAUGUAUAUCUUUUCGUAAAAUUAUUCACGCGUCUCGGAGAGUUGUCCGAAACCCGCUCGAUCUCGUCGCGACUCGAGCCAACGGAUACAAAGAGUGUUGCGAUUUCAAGUAUAACGCUAUUAUAACGCGACAGUAACAAUGUUUGUUGGUAAAUAAUAACUGAAACGGCCGCGAAUAAUCGCGUGGUAGCGCGUUGAUUCGUGCAAGCACGUUCGAAAACGCGAGCGAAUCGUAGUUGUAACGAACAACAAGGAAAAGAGCGAGACGUGUUUGGAACGGAACGGAGUAAAAUGAAUGCUGGGGCGACGGCAACGCCGACGCCGACGGUAGCGGUGGCGUAGCCGUCGAUUCGAUACAGUCAAUUAACUCUCGACGCUCUAUUAGAUUUAAAGAGCGGUUGUUUUCAAUGGACACUCGCGAAAUGAGAUAGUACUCGAACCGGGCCCAGCAGCUUGGCAAGAUUACCAGUAGUCGAGGAAUCGGUGGCUGGUUAAGACGGAGCCAAUUAAAAGUGACGGUCGUUAACCGAUAACUUUUACGACAGACGAGACGCCGCGGAAACACUCGUGUAACGUACAAACACGAUGGCCGUCGCUGUUCCGAAAAAAUUUCGACAUCGAUGUUGGCGUCGUUUCAUAGCGGCCGCUCAUCUCUGCGCAACCAUCAUGUGGCUCGAUGGAAUUUUGAGCUGUGACGGGCAAAAACCGAUAAAUCUCGGCGGCGCGAAAAGACGAGACGUUUACAUCGCUGGAUUCUUUCCGUACGGGAACCACGUGCCCGAGAGCCACGUUGGUCGCGGCGUUAUGCCUUCGGUGAAGCUCGCUGUAGAUCACAUCAACGAGGAUCCUGCCGUGCUGAGAAACUACCGACUGCACAUGUGGUGGAACGAUACAGAGUGCAAUGCAGCCGUCGGCGUAAAGGCGUUUUUCGACAUGAUGCACAGCGGACCGCACAAAGUGAUGCUGUUCGGAGCAGCUUGCACGCACGUCACGGAUCCUAUCGCCAAGGCGUCCAAGCAUUGGCGUCUCACGCAGCUUAGUUACGCGGACACGCAUCCAAUGUUUACGAGCAAUAGCUUUCCGAACUUUUUUCGAGUGGUGCCAUCCGAGAACGCGUUCAACGCUCCCCGCGUAGCGCUUUUGAUACACUUCAAUUGGACCAGAGUUGGUACGAUUUACCAAAACGAGCCAAGAUACGCCCUAGCUCACAAUAGAUUGGUCGCCGAUUUAGACGCCAGCAAAAUGGAGGUGGUGGAAACGCAGAGCUUCGCCACGGAGGUGACGACAGCCCUGGAGAAACUGAAGGAAAAGGAUGUUCGAAUAAUUUUAGGAAAUUUCAACGAAAUCUGGGCUAGACGAAUAUUCUGCGAGGCGUACAAAUUUGGUAUGUUUGGGCGAAAAUAUCAAUGGGUAAUCAUGGGAACGUACGCGGAGGAGUGGUGGCUUCGACCUGGAGGCGGUUGCGCUCCCACGGAACUUUCCGAAGCUCUUCACGGUGCCAUUUUGACUGAUCUGCUCCCGUUGACGACGGAACAGCGUUACACGGUAUCCGGGAUCACGCCGAAGCAAUAUCAGGCCGAGUACGACUCGAGACGGGGCACCGAGUAUUCGAGAUUCCACGGAUACACGUACGACGGUAUAUGGGCGGUCGCUCUGGCGAUCCAGCACGUGGCGCGCAGGAUAAGACACUAUCGUCGCAAUCAGACCAUAUCGGAUUUCAGAUACAGAGACGCGCUCUGGGAGAAGCUUUUCCUCGAGGCCCUCAGGAAUACCAGUUUCGAGGGAGUGACGGGGCCUGUACGUUUCUACGAUAACGAACGAAAGGCAUACAUUCUGUUAAAACAGUUUCAAAGCGGUAGCGAAGUCAAGGUUGGGGAAUUCGAUGGCGUAACCGAGAUGUUGGACCUGACCAGGGGUGAGCCUUUGGUUUGGAGAGGACGGUCACCGCCGAAAGAUCGAACCCUUCAUAUCACCGAGCACACCACCGUAAAUAUUACGAUUUACGCGGUGCUAGCAUCGGCGGCUAGCGUGGGUAUAGUCAUGGCGGCCAUUUUUCUCGCCAUCAAUAUUAAAUACAGAAAUCAAAGAUACAUAAAAAUGUCAUCGCCGCAUUUAAACAACCUCAUUAUCGUCGGAUGCAUGCUGACCUACAGCAGUGUAAUUUUCCUUGGGUUAGAUUCACAGCUGUCCAGUGUAACUGCAUUUCCGUAUAUUUGCACCGCGAGAGCAUGGUUACUGAUGGCUGGUUUCUCGUUGGCCUUUGGUUCCAUGUUCUCGAAAACAUGGCGGGUACAUUCCAUCUUCACCGACGUUAAGCUGAAUAAAAAGGUCAUAAAGGAUUACCAGUUAUUUAUGGUGGUCGGUGUAUUGUUAGUUAUCGAUUUGGGGAUUAUGACAACGUGGCAGGUUGCGGACCCAUUCUACAGGGAGACCAAACAAAUGGAACCCUAUCCACAUCCUUCCAGCGAGGAUAUCAUCAUAAUACCGGAAAACGAGUACUGUCAGAGUAAUCGGAUGACUGUCUAUUUAGGCUGUAUAUAUGCGUACAAAGGACUCUUGAUGAUAUUUGGCGCUUUUUUGGCAUGGGAAACGAGACACGUCAGUAUACCGGCACUGAACGACAGCAAGUACGUCGGAAUGAGCGUGUACAACGUCGUGAUCAUGUGCGUCACCGGGGCAGCUAUAAGCUUCGUGCUGGCUGACAAGCAAGACGCCAUGUUCAUAAUGUUGGCGGUGUUUAUAAUAUUCUGCAGCACGGGUACUCUGUGCCUGGUUUUCGUACCGAAGCUGAUAGAACUCCGAAGAAAUCCUCAAGGCGCGAUAGACAAACGAAUCAGAGCUACUCUGAGGCCCAUGUCGAAGACGCGGAGAGACUCGAGCAUGAGCGAACUGGAAGAACGUCUGAAAGAGGCUACGCUGACGAAUCAGAAAUUUCGUAAGCAGCUGCUGGAGAAAGAUUCGGAACUUCAGAUGUUCGUAAGACGACUCGACGAUCAAGCUGCCUUGGACACCCAAGAAGCGAUGGACAGACUGACGGUUCCGCGGCAAGAGGCGACAAUAAAGAAAGAGGGUUUGUCCGUCAAUACGGAGACGACCGACAUCUCGAUAUCAAUGUGCAGCCUCAACUCGACGACCACUUCUCAGCCGGAAGCCGAUUACGCGAACGCGACCAUCGUCGAGCAACAAGCCGCAAAGAAGAAGACGUCCUUUUCAAAAGUUCCGGGUAUCGCCAUCGACGGUGAACGGAUGCCUCUGGUGCCGCAGGCGGACAGCCGAGCCGCCGCCGACAAGGGAGCCAAUGAUAACGCGUCGUUCGGGCCAGCCUCGGCCAUGAAACACGCGACCGAGGAAUCGGCUCGUAGGAGAAGUCGUGGUUCCGGGAAAGAAACCGAACCUCUGAUCGAGAGAAGCCCAGAGUCACGUACAGACGGCAAAACCAACGUUGAAUUCGUACCGGAAAUCGUCGAGGAAGGCGACGCCGUAAUUCUCGAAGAGACCGAGAUCCCUAGACACGGGAAAUCGGUGAGAUGCAGAGACGAGCGCAGAUCGAGACAUCAGACACCGUUACCUGGCAAGAACGUUUCCUUUGGCGAACUCCACGAGCAAAAUUACCUAGAGCAAUCCAUAUUGCCUCCACCGUUGCAGUUUGUAGCGAAACAUCGACAUUCCGGUGAGUACCUACGCGAUCGAGAACUCUUGUACGGGAUCGCACGAGACAGAGGUUCGACGACCACGUCCUCCCAUCAAUCGCUCAAGAGAAGAUCGUCCGUGAAGAACAACGGAAUGGCCCAUUCUCAUCACGAGCUGUUUCAAACUCGACGAACGAGCGUGCCGGUCAACUCGAUCAGCUACAUUUCGACCGAGAACGUAUCAAAGUCCGAGAGAAUGGAAGUGUCUCUGGGCUCGUUGGACAAAUCGUACGUGAUCGGCGAGUGCGGGCACAGACGAGCGCUGUUGGGCGUAACCGGUUACCGUUGCGAAAAGCACGCCGGUCAUGGACACUCUCGCGCGACGUACAACGGUUCAGCCGAGACACCACCCGCGCCGAGAAGACAACGGAAGCACUACGAUUCGCAGAACGCGAGCUCGCCGAGCGUGCCCGCGGUCGUCAGCGCGAGUUACUCCGACACGGAGAAAUGCGACGAAUCCGUCUCGACGAUCAUUCAACGAUCAGUGUCCGAGAGAUCGCGAGAAACGUGUCCACGUUUAAGGAGCGAGCACAACGCGACGACCGAGUGUCCUCACCGUGCCGCUCGAAGGAUACGAGAAUGCAGGCACACAGAGUCCAAGCUUCGACAGCAGGCGCGACUAGAGUACGUGCAGAGCACACCGAACGUGGCUACCAUUCACAACAACAAAUUCGCAAGUGCGAAUCCACGCGGAGGAGGAGGAGGAGGAGGCGGUAGUGGAGGCGGUGGCGGCGGCGGCGGUGGGGUUGGCGGUGGCAAUGGCGGGACAGGAAACGACGUCGGUAUCGGUAUCGGUAUCGGUAUCGGUAUCGGUAUCGGCGUACCAGGAACAAGAAACGCCGUCAGAGUGGCUGGAUCCGUAGCCACGAGUUCGGACGUUGUCGGUGGUUCAACGAUCAACGUCUCCAAGAUGUACAGUGCUGUGUCGGACGGCGAGUUGCUGGAUCUAACGAUUCUUCCGAUCUUUCAGAAGCUGCUCACCGAGAGACACAAGAGCUCGUCGAGAGGCGGUUACGGGGCCAGCGUACGCAGCUGUCCAAAUAUAUCCAUCAAAUGCGACAUCGUCGAGUAUCUUUAACGAUCUUCCAACACGUAGUAUUGGAAUUACGCGCGGUAUCGGUGGUACGGGCUCCUAGUAUCUGUCGCGAAAGAAAUGUAUCGCCCGUCCGAUGCGGAUCAUCGUUUCCUUAUUCUCGAACCGUGAUUAUCGAAUUGGUAAAGUUUGUUCGUUUGUAAACUGUGUCUAGCAACGCAACCGCCUAAGCGUAUUCGUACGUAAAAAUUCGUAUCCAAAAAGUUUCGGUUACGUCACCGUAACCGUAACCGUAACCGUAACCGUAACCGUAACCGUAACCGUAACCGUAAUCGUAACCGUAACCAUCGUUGUUGCAACCGAACACCGAUUAGAUAGUCUCGCGUUCGUAUAAACGCGUUCGUACAAUGCGUUACGUAAUUUAAUAACGUACCGUCGAGUCAUCCUGUCCCGUCGGCGUCGUUCGGAACCGUAGCCAACUAUGUACGUAUACGAGGCUGACGCAUUUCCACGUACCGCGUAAUACUCUCGCUAGAUCUCGAAUAAACAGUUUUUGAUAUAAGCGAACUUUUAACCUAAUACGUAUUCGAAAGAAAAGACGAAAACCUGGACGAGGAUGCCGGCCGGCCCCCCUUUCUACAACGCUCGAUAAUUUCUAUUCUUCGUUGAAAUCGACGAACCGAACCGAACUUAGCUACCUACGUACAUACAUACGCCUGCCGCGUUACAAUUAGAUCGAUUCUUUUCUUUGUUAAAUAGAUGAAUCCGAUGUAUGCGAUACGUCUCGUACGAGUUUUGUUUUCACGGUGUUUCUUUUAGCAAACGACGGCCACAUUUUCGGAUGUGUCUGAUGUAUAUUUAAUAUCGAAAAGGGGACGAAACGCAUCGUUACGAAACGGAAGAACGAGUUUUUAUAUCGAAUAAUAUAAGGAAACGUUCGUAACGUAAACACUGCACAGAUCCUGGUUACUCGACCAAAAAUUCACGAGAUCGAGUUGAUUGUUACAAUUGUUCCGGCAAUUAUACCGUGUAUAGAGAUAACUAGUAAUUGGACGCAUAUCGGUAAUAAUAUAACAGCUCGCGAUACCGGUUAAUGGAAAACGGAUAAGCGAGUAAGAAGAAACAUAUGGUGCGCGGUUCCAUUUUUAAGGUAAUUCUUUUCCUUAAAACUGUAACCAUUUUUCUACGACAAAUGGCCGGCGUCCCUUCGUCGAGAAAAUAAUAUGUUUCAAAGUAAAGAGUUUACGGACGAAUUCUGGAUGUGAUGUGCAUGCCUAGUAAACGAAAUCGAUAAAACGUUGUAAUUUUUGUUUCGUUGAUUUCCUUUGUUCUUUCCGAGAAAAAAUCGAGAAGCCUAUGAUAGAUAGAGAGUCGGAAAGGCGUCCGGAUGUUCGGAAAAGCGUACAAUCCGAGAGCCUAAUGCUCGUUAUACAGGAUCUUUGUUGCGUGGUAACGCGAGUCUUGUACAUAACUCUCGAAAUAAAUGUCAUGUUUACAGGUAAAAUAGGCAUUUGUUAUGUAAAACGAAUUACACCUGCUUUUUACGUUCCGUACGGACAAGAUGCGUUCGUUGUUCCGUUGUUUCGUUGUUCGCGGCACUUGUACUCCCUUCGUUAUGUACCUUUAAAGCAAUACGAAAUACCAAAUACGAAAUACGAAAUACGAAAUACGAAAUACGAAAUACGAAUACGUACUUAUCUUUGUACCGUGUUCUACGUACAUUGUUAUGCGUUACGGAUACAACCGUUCGUUUGCGCAACUCGUAACGCACGAAAAUUUCAAAUAAACUUUGACAACAUUCUAUCAUUUCGAAUAAGUAAGAAUCGAUGCUAACAGGUCAAUUAUAUUCAAUUUUAUUAAUAAAGUUGAUGCACUCGUUUUAUCACCUUCGACUCCUUAAACGAAAGAGUUUGGUUUUUUCCGAUACGCAUCGAGCAAUUUCAAACAUCUUUUCUACUCCCUGUCCUCGACGAUACUUACUUUGUUCGCAAUUAAAAUUUCUUCGCGUUGCUAUGUUUACAGGAUAACGGUGACAUUCUUAAACGAUAUAAAUGCCUUUCGAUUCCGAUUAACGAGUAGGUAUUCGAUUUCAUGAAAAUUUCAUCGGUAAGGCAAUCGUACGCGUCGAGUAAAAUUAUUUGUCAUUUAUCGCGGUGAAAUGAAAACUUGGCGAGCAGAGUUAAUCGAUAACAGUUUAUCUGGUAUACCUUGCUACAUUUCAUUGUAUCGUUACUCUUCUAUUCUAUGGUAUGAUCAUGAACGUCGGCAUCAGCGUCGUUCCGUAAUCGUUCCGUGUGACCAGUCGGACCAGUUAAUCAGUUUGUCGUCUCCGUAAUAUGUAGCCAUGUAUUUAAUGUAAAUCUGUAUCCAUACAUCACAGUUAUUCUUACCCCGUGCGCGGACACGUACAGCAUCGUAAGCUAAAGUCACGUAUUCCUCGAGUGCUUACAAAAUCGUUUUAAUCGCGUGACCCAACAUUUAUUUCUCACGGUCUAUUUUUAGAAUAUCGCGAUAAAAAUUUCUCUUAACGCCAACUAAAUAGCAUUUGACUAUUCGAAUACUGGUCGAAUAUAAAUAAAUUCG